GAAAGAGGACACUAAAACCCUAGGGGGUUGAAGGUAUUUUAGUGAGUCUGGUUUGGUGGUCUUCAGAAACCCUAACUCACCCCUCCGUAGCCGUAGCUCUUCCUUCACCAGAUCUCUCAAUAUGCCGUUCAAGAGGUACGUGGAGAUUGGAAGAGUGGCUCUGGUUAACUACGGCAAGGACUAUGGCAAGCUCGUUGUCAUUGUCGACGUCGUUGAUCAAAACAGGGCUCUUGUUGAUGCACCGGAUAUGGUGAGAAGCCAAAUGAACUUGAAAAGGCUAACUCUGACUGAUAUCAAGAUUGAUAUCAAUAGGGUUCCUAAGAAGAAGACUUUGAUUGAUGCUAUGGAGAAAGCUGAUGUGAAGAACAAGUGGGAGAACAGUUCAUGGGGCAGGAAACUGAUCGUGCAGAAAAGACGAACAUCACUUAAUGAUUUUGAUAGGUUCAAGUUAAUGUUGGCAAAGAUUAAGAGGGCGGAAAUUGUAAGGCAAGAGCUGGCGAAACUUAAAAAGGAGACUGCCGCCUAAACUUUCUACUGAAGCCUUUCAAUCUUGUUAUACAUUUCCAGUUUUUAUUCGUUGGCUCCUCAAUUUUGAUUUCAUCAAUUUACCAAUUUCAAACCUACGGACUUUAUUUUUGCAUCAUUGUUAUUGUUAUGACUCGUCAACUAAUCGGAAAUAUUUAUUCUCCAUGAAAGGCCAUGGACAUCGAGCAAUUAGUUAUCGAGAAAGGUCCAUUCGUGUGUUUCAUUCA